AUGCUUUCGUUGCUCUCUGUCUUGACACUAACCUUUCCUUUUGGCGCAUUCGGGGCAAUGCCCGACGUCUCUUCUGUAAUUGGCUCUGUGGACAAAGAUGCCCAACUGAUUAAAGUUGGGGACGUCACCCCACUCAGUAGUUCAGAGGUUAAUAGCUAUGUACCUUAUGGGUGGUUUGCUUCCGCUGCGUACUGCCCUCCCAAAUCACGAGACAAUUGGCAGUGUAACGGUGAACACAUUUAUCGGUUACUUUCGACAGAGUCGUGUCAAGAGGAUUCUGUCAAGGAUUUUCAAUUGUACAAGUAUGGCGGAGACGGAGACAAAGAACAGUACUGGUACGUUGGAUGGUGGCCUUCUCACAAUUCGGUAGUGGUCGGACGUCAAGGAACAGAUUUCGAAAAACUGUAUGCAGCUCCACUCUUGCACUGCGUUCCCCGUCAACUCACUUUUGUCGAUUCUAGCUGGCCAGUGAUUACAGAUGUGACACUUGUCCAGGUUCCUACCGACCGGUUCCCGAUGUGCCCAAAUGAAGCCACAAUUCACCUUGGUUUCUUGGAAUCACACAAACGUUCAAUCGACUCCAUCUCUGGUGCCGUUGAAGAUAUCUUAAAAGAGCAUCACGGCGCACAGAUGAUAACAGUUGGCCAUUCCUUGGGCGCUGCGCUGGCUACACUAGACGGAAUGUAUAUGAAGCAAAAGUUAGGUUACAAUGUGGAGGUUAUUACUAGAACCUUUGGUGGUCCUAGGGUUGGAAACAAAGCUUUUGCAGAUUGCGUCGACGCAACGAUUCCCGAUUUCGUGCGUAUUACUAAUAAACGCGAUCCGAUUCCAAUUUUGCCUCCGGUAAUAUCUGGUUACCACCAUCCGAGUGGCGAGAAACACAUCAACCUGGAGGGUAUGUGGCAUAAUUGUGCGGGGCAAGAAAACCUAAACAAGAACUGCUCGGUGGGAGAGGCGUGGGUAAACGUACCAUAUUGGUUCGAACACGACGGGCCAUACGCUGGAGGUGCACAGACCAGACAGGAUGCUAAUUGUUAG